UCUCUAAGCGUAGGCUCGGCUGCAGUCUCACGCGAAGUGUAUAGUCGGAUAGUGGUGUGUGUGCCCCCAGUCUUCUUCUCUCGCUUCUGUUAGCCCUUGCGUCGCUAAAGUCUAUCAGUGCGUUUGUACGAGAAAUGGAGCUCGAGCAACCGACAACGCAGUCGAAUUCCGACUCAGAAAAAAAGAUCAAGGAAAAUAGCAAUGUGACUGGAAAUCAUAAUGAUGCUCAUAUAAAUGGCAUGUCAAAUGGAUUUGAUAAAAAAAGAGAACACAAAUCCGAACAUAGGGAUAAGGAUAAAGAACGAUCUCAUAAAUCAGAUCAUAAAGACAAAGAGAGAAGCAAAGAGAAGGAUAGAAAUCAUAAAAGUGAUCACAGGGAAAAGGAAAAAGAUAGACAUAAACAUAGUUCUAGUUCUAUUAAAGAAAAAGAUAAACAUGAUAGUAGCAGUAGUAACAAAGAUAAAGAUAAGGAUAGAAAGAGUAACUCAUCAUCUAGCAAGGAUAAAGAACACAAAAGUAGUAGUUCUUCAAGCAAAGAAAGAGAAAAGGAUAAAAGCAAAGAUAAAGAACAUUAUCACAGAUCUAGCUCUAGUUCAAGUUCCAAGGAUAAAGACAGACAUCACAGUAGUUCCAAGGAUAAAGAAAGCAAAGAGAAAGACAGAGAAAAAAGUAAGGAUAAGGACAAAUACAAACACAGUAUAAGUUCAAGUUCUCGUGACAAAGAUAAGGAUAAAAAUAUCUCUAAGGAUAAAGAAAAGGAGAGAAAACAUUCAUUAGAAAAGGACAAGGAAAGACAUUCCACAUCUCAUGCAAAUGACAAAGAAAAGCAUCGCUCUUCUGAAAAAGACAAAGAUAAACAUAAUUUAUCCAGUAAAGAUAAACAUCGCCAUGAUAAAGAAAAAGAUCGACAUCGUCAUGAGAAAGAAAAAUCAAAACAUAGAGAAGAUAAAGAUAAGAAAGAGAAGGAGAAGGAAGAAAUUAAAGUAAAAGAAGAAGUAAUGGAUGUAAAACCUAAUCACAUAGGAAAUGAAGUAUUUCAGUUUGAUGUUGGUCAAACCUUGAAGCAUGAAGUGAAAGAAGAACCUAUAUCACAAAUUGAACCUGAAGAUGAUGAUGACAGCGGUGGAGAACAACCGUUAUAUAUUAAAGAAGAUGAUGAUGACGAAGAAGCUAUGAAUGAAGAAGAAGGUAGUAUGGAUUCAACUGAUGGAAACGACACAAGACUUUCAGAUCUUCAUAAUACAACAAUUAAAACUGAGGAAGAAUCGGAUGAAGACAUGCCAUUGAGUGCAAGGUCCAUGGCUCCUACAAGUGUUAAAAGAAGUUUAGAUUCAGAGGAAGAAGAUGAUGUCCCACUUUCAGCACGUAAAAAGUCGAAGAAGAAUGAUACAAAAGCAAAGAAGAAAAAGCGAAAACAUGAAGAUGAUGAAGAUGAAGACGAAAUUGAACAAAAACCAAAGAAGAAAGGUGGAAGAGCAUCAAAGGGAGAAAAUUCUAGCCCAAGAAAAAAGAAGCAAGAAGAAGAACAAGAAGUUUGGAAAUGGUGGGAAGAAGAGAAGAAAAAUGAUGGGACAAAAUGGACAUUCUUGGAACAUAAAGGACCAGUAUUUGCACCCCCAUAUGAGCCACUUCCCCCUGAUGUAAAAUUUUAUUACUGUGGAAAAGAAAUGAAAUUAAGUCAAGAUGCAGAAGAAGUUGCAACUUUCUAUGCACGCAUGUUAGAUCACGAUUAUACUACGAAGUCUGCAUUUAAUAAUAACUUCUUCCAUGAUUGGAGAGAAGUGAUGACUGAAUCAGAGAGGGCUAAAAUAAAUGACUUGAGUAAGUGCAAUUUUAAGGAAAUGCAUUCGUAUUUUGUUCAAAAAAGCGAAGAGCGGAAAGCAAUGACAAAAGAAGAAAAGCAGAAAAUAAAAGAAACAAAUGAACAAAUACAAAAAGAAUAUGGUUUUUGCAUUAUUGAUGGACAUAAAGAAAAAAUAGGUAAUUUCAAGAUUGAGCCGCCUGGUUUAUUCAGAGGUCGUGGUGAACACCCUAAAAUGGGCAAAUUGAAAAGAAGAGUUAUGCCAGAAGAUAUUCUUAUUAAUUGUUCCAAAGAUUCUAAUAUACCAAAGCCACCACCAGGCCAUAAAUGGAAGGAAGUUCGGCACGAUCCUAACGUUACCUGGCUUGCAUCUUGGACAGAGAAUAUUCAAGGACAAGUGAAAUACGUUAUGCUCAAUCCAUCAAGCAAACUUAAAGGAGAAAAAGAUUGGCAGAAAUAUGAGACUGCUAGAAAAUUAGCACAAUUAAUAGAUAAAAUUCGUGCUGAAUAUAGGGAAGAUUGGAAAAGUAAGGAGAUGCGUAUAAGACAAAGAGCUGUUGCAUUAUAUUUUAUAGACAAAUUAGCUCUCAGAGCUGGUAACGAGAAAGAUGAAGAUCAAGCAGAUACUGUAGGUUGUUGUUCUUUACGAGUAGAACACAUUACAUUACAUGAGCAAAAGGAUGGAAAGGAGUAUGUAGUUGUAUUUGACUUCUUAGGUAAAGAUUCUAUAAGGUAUUACAAUGAAGUGCCAGUAGAAAAAAGGGUAUUUAAAAAUUUACAGCUUUUUAUGGAAAAUAAAUCACCAAGUGAUGAUUUAUUUGAUCGUCUUAAUACAACCGUUAUGAAUAAACAUUUAAAUGAAUUGAUGGAAGGUCUCACUGCUAAGGUCUUUAGGACAUAUAAUGCUUCAUGGACAUUGCAGCAGCAAUUAGAUAAAUUGACAAAUCCUGAUGAUACAGAAGCAGAAAAGAUUUUAUCAUAUAAUAGAGCAAAUCGAGCUGUUGCAAUAUUGUGUAAUCAUCAACGUUCAGUGCCUAAAACCCAUGCAAAAUCUAUGGAAAACCUUAAGGCAAAAAUAGAAGCUAAGAAGCAAGCUAUAAGUGAAGCAGAACAUGCUGUAAAGGAAGCCAAACGUGAUGCAAAGCAUGGAUCUGUUAAGGAAAAAGUCGUAUAUGAAAAGAAGAAGAAGGCUCUUGAUAGAUUAAAAGAGCAACUGACAAAAUUGGAGGUUCAAGCAACAGACAAAGAGGAAAAUAAAGAAAUUGCUCUAGGCACCUCCAAGUUGAAUUAUUUGGAUCCUAGAAUUACAGUUGCAUGGUGUAAGAAACAUAAUGUCCCUAUUGAGAAGAUUUAUAAUAAGACUCAGAGGGAUAAGUUCAGAUGGGCAAUAGACAUGGCAGGACCAGAUUAUGUAUUUUAACCCCAUAGAAGAUUGAUUAUUACGAAAAAUAACUCCCACUGAUUGUAUUUAGUGAAAUUUUCGUUAAAAUUAUUGAAGGAAAAAGUAAUGGUAUAAUUUUCUAUCUUUACAAAAAAUAAAUGUGAAAAUGCGAAGACAUAUUUUGUAUAGAACACUACGUUAAAUUUCGGUAAAGACUUUAUAUUCAGUAUGUAAUAAACACAUACUUGUAAUCUAGAAUUGAUCGCUUAGCAAUCAUCGCGUAAAAAUUUUAGCGGUCGCAUUUGCAUAUAGACGUUUAAUUGAUCUUAUAAAUAUUAGAAACUAAAAUUGAAUAGUUUGACGAAAAUUUAAAUUCGUGUUAGGUAGAAAUUUGUAAUAUUUGUGAAUUAAAAAAGCAAAAUUUGUGCAAGUGAUCUAAAUUUAGAGAAUAUAGCUCAAAGUUACUUCAGUAAAACAAGAAUUUUACAGUCUCUAAAUUUAGAAGUGCACAAUAAACAUUGGUUGCUGCAUUGUACAUAGGACUAUGAAAACUUUGCCAGCCAAGUAA